GUUCGUCCAAAAACUGCAUAUGCGUCAAAAUCAAGUGCAAAGUUUUCAAAACAUUGGCUAAGGAAAUUGAAGUGCUUAGUUUAAUGCGAAAUAACUGGAAAUAGAAAUCGUUUGCUGUGUAUUUUUUCGGUUCCCGUUAGAUUCUGUUCAAACGCAAGCAGUUUCCGAUCGAAUUCGGAACUUUACGUCCCUCGCAAUGUCUGAAUCAUACGAUUAUCUGUUCAAGUUUCUCAUCAUCGGCCGAGCUGGAAGUGGAAAAUCGUGUCUGCUGCAUCACUUUAUCGAAAAUAAAUUUAAGGAAGACAGUUCACACACAAUUGGAGUCGAGUUCGGUUCCAGGAUCGUUAAUGUUGGUGGUAAAUCGAUCAAACUGCAAAUUUGGGACACGGCUGGUCAGGAGCGAUUCCGUUCUGUCACACGAUCCUACUAUAGGGGAGCUGCUGGUGCUUUACUGGUGUACGAUACGACUUCUCGGGACAGCUUUAAUGUUCUUUCCAACUGGCUAAAUGAUGCCCGGACGCUCGCUUCGCAGAACAUUUGCAUUUUGCUGGUGGGAAAUAAGAAGGAUUUGGAGGAAGAGCGAGAAGUGACGUUUUUGGAAGCAAGUAACUUUGCCCAGGAAAAUGAGCUGAUAUUUUUGGAAACUAGCGCCAAAACGGGAGAAAACGUUGAGGAAGCUUUUUUGAAGUGCUCGAAAACGAUUUUGGCGAAGAUCGAAACCGGAGAGUUGGACCCGGAACGAAUUGGUAGUGGCAUUCAGUAUGGGGAUACAUCGAUGCGGAAUGCCGGUGGAGCUGGAUUGGCAGGGGCCCGCCAGCAGAGCAGCGGAAGACGUCGAACGCCAGAUUGUGCCGGUGGAUGCCGACCGUAAAGGUGCAUGCAUUUUUUGUGCAAGGCAAAUUAUUCCUUCUGCCUGUGGAAAAAAAAUUUUCUCUCUGUUGUAUUUGCAAAAUUUGUAGGUUUUAGUCCGACAACCGCUUGAAACUAGCGAAUCCUUUAGUGGUGAUUGGGGUAAGUAAAAUGAGCAUACAAGCAUGUACAAUAAUUAUUGGAAAAAACUUUUAAAGACGAAUUGUGCAUUCUAUAUUUAUUUUGGCUUUUCUAUCACCGUUUAUUGACAUUUAUUUACACACAAGAGUAGGGGCAAGUUGAAAAGUAUAGCCACAGACUGCAACUAUCUAUUUGAAAAUCUGCUAAUUUAUCGGUAAUCUCUAUUAUAAGUGAUGCUAUAUAGUUUAUUGAUAUUUGCGAACCUUAUUUCCAAACCAGAUUUUUAUUCCGUUUGUCUAAGCAUAUACUUAUUUCUCUAGCAGUAGUUUGCUAACCUUUUAAGCAGCUCUCGAUUAGACACUUAACCGAAACAAAACUGAGAUACGUUAGUUGUUUUUGAUGUUGAUUAGAGAUUAAACUUGUGUACGCACCGUGUACUAUACGAAGGAGAGCAAGAAGAAAAUCAAUGAAUAUCUUUCGAAUGUUUAUUUAAACCACAAUAAAGUAAGUAUCGUAAACAAAUAUGUUCCAAUUGUCUUGAAGACGGUAGUUUAUUGAUAAA